AUGGAUCUGUCACAGACGGAUGUCAAGCCCGGUCCUGAUAGCCCAGCUGGUCCCAUAAAACGGAGAGCCCCCAUCGCCUGUCGGAGAUGUCGGCGCAUGCGCAGCAAAUGUUUGCAUGAGAACGGAAAGCAACCACCAUGCAAAUCCUGCUUGGAAUCAGGGGUCCCCGAAGAAUGUGUAUUUCCUAGUCGAGGAGAUUCUGACCAUGACCGCCUAUUUCGCCAUCCCCGCCAAAGAUCGGACAAGAAGCCGAGGAGCGAAACUUCCAGAGUUAAGAGGGAGUCUGUCUCGUCUCCAGGAAUCCACGAUGCGCUUGUCCACGUCAAACCGCCCGCUGCUGUACUGGAGGAUGAGUGGGACUUGUUGCCCGAGGUCGACAUCGUCAAGGAAGGCGUCGAGGCCUUCUUUCUCCACUUCUUCCAACUAGGGUUCAUCCAUAAACAGAGAUUUCCCAAACAGCUCGAGCAGAACCCCAGCUCUGUCAGUGUCUUUCUCCUGCUGAGUAUUCUCAGCAUCUCGGCGAGGUUCAACAAGACAUUCGAGACACGGUAUGGCUCUGGUCAGCGGGCUGUCCAGUUGUUUACGGAGAGGGCUGAGGAGCUAGCCGUCAAGGAGCUCUACCUAACACCUACCCUGGAGAGGUGCCAGGCUUUUUUCCUGCUAAGUAUCGCCGAGCUAGGCAAUGGCAAAACGAAUGCCAGUUAUAUCAACAUGGGCGUGGCUACAAGAAUGGCUGUUUUGAUGAGACUUCACAGAGAGGAGACGUAUGAAAGGCUGACGCCGAACUCUUCCCCCGAAGAGAUUGUUCGUGCAGAGUCUGCCAGGCGAACCUUGUGGAUGCUUCACAGCCAGGACAACCUCCACUCGGGUCCGUAUUCACCAGUCGCUUUAGCGACCAGUGACAUAACGGCCCUCCUUCCCUCGGAUGAAGACGACUUUAAAUAUGCGAGGCUACCACGAAGCCGUGCCGCGCUCGAAGGCACGCCGCCGGCAGACCGGGAUCCGAGUCUCGUCAAUCCCCCCAAGAAAUCCUUGUUUGCAAGCCUGAUGCAGGUGCACCAUCUCUGGGGCAUUGUUGCCCGCCGCGCCGUCGCCCAUGAGAAGAGUUCGAGUCCUGGGGACGUCAACAGCGACUAUGCGAAGAUGGCUAGACGGCUUCGUGAAUUCGAAGACAAAUUGCCUUCCGAGCAUACAUUCGGUAAGAAACUGUGGAAGGGUUACAGACACGAUAACGAGGAUCUUGCAUAUAUUGGCUGUACUGCGUGCACACGCCUUUGCAACAUAGUCUUGCGCAAGGCGUACCUUGAUGAGUGUGUUCAAGAAUGCCUCCAGUGGACCUCUUCGGAUCUGGUAUAUCGAAUAAUGGCCGGUGAGCUCUUCGAGAAUGUCCGCCAGCUUUACGAGCAAGUGGACGCUCAAUUCAACGACGAUCGUACUGCUGAGGAAAGAGUUGGAUCACAGAUGGCCGCUUUCUGUGUUUAUAGCUGCGGCCUGCUUGCUACCUAUCUUUGCAAGUUUCCACAACGCGGCCACGAUGACGUCCAAAUCAGGGGUAAGAAAAUGUACCAACGGACAGUGGAGAUAUUGGAAGAAACGAAAACUAUUUGGCCACUUGCAUCAAGCUGGCUGAAAGGACUAAGAAAGUGGUUCGAGCAGGACCCAAAUGCUAACGGGGCGCCUUUCCAAGGGGCUACUAUGGACCAUGGUGUAAGAAGCCCUGUCUCUGCUAAAAUAUAUAGUCGUGCCACUUACAGUGACUAA